GCGCUGGAGCCGCACUGCCGGGAACUGGGUGUGUCUCAGCCGGUCCCGCCAUCUCCGAUCGGCGCUGGGGGCCCCAGGCUGGGAAGGAAGGAAGGUAGGGGCUGCUAGAAUCAACUUUGCCCAGAGCCUUGGAGGAGUUUUUUUCUUUUUGCUUUGAUCCGCGUUGCUUCUCGACAACGGAUGGUAAAGGACUUUACAGGUGCUGCUGCAUGAGGAGGGGGAUGAUUCUGGCUUUGUCAGUCUAUCUCGGCUGGGCCCCUGUUUGAGGGACAAGGACUUAGAGAUGGAGGAGCUGAUACUGCAGGAUGGGACACUGCUGGGGACCAUGCACAGCUAUAUGGAUGCCUCCCUCAUCUCCCUCAUUGAAGAUUUUGGUGGCCUUGGAGAGAGCAGGUUAUCUCUGGAGGACCAGAAUGAAGUGUCACUGCUCACAGCUCUAACAGAGAUCUUGGACAAUGCAGAUUCCGAGAACCUGUCUCCAUUUGACAGCAUUCCUGACUCAGAGCUGCUUGUGUCACCUCGGGAGGGCUCCUCUCUGCACAGGCUGCUCAGCCUCUCUCGGACACCCCCAGAACGUGACCUCAUCACCCCGACUGACCCAUUGGGGCCCAGCACAGGCAGUAGUAGAGUGAGUGGGGUUGAGAUGUCUCUCACAGAUCCUCCUUGGGACUUCUCUCCACCCUCUUUCUUGGAGACCUCCUCCCCCAAGCUUCCUAGCUGGAGACCCCCAAGGUCAAGACCCCGCUGGGGCCAGUCCCCACCUCCCCAGCAGCGUAGUGAUGGGGAAGAAGAGGAGGAGGUGGCCGGCUUCAGCAGCGAGAUGCUUGCUGGGGAGCUCAACAACUCUGUGAGCAGCAUCGCAGACUUCCCCAUGCACCUGGCCUGUCCCGAGGAGGAAGAUAAAACAGCAGUAGCAGCAGAGAUGGCAGUGCAGGCAGCUGGCGAUGAGAGCAUCUCCUCCCUGAGUGAGCUGGUGCGGGCCAUGCACCCGUACUGCCUGCCUAACCUCACCCACCUGACGGCACUUGAGGAUGAGCUUCAAGAGCAGCCAGGUGAUUUGACACUGCCUGAGGAUUGUGUGGUGCUGGAAAUUGUGGGCCAGGCGGCCACAGCUGGCAACGACCUGGAGAUCCCAGUUGUGGUGCGACAGAUCCCUACUGGACCCCAGCCUGUCCUCCUGGAUAACUCGCUAGAGGCCAGUGCGGCCUUGCAGCUGCUCAUGCCUACACUAGAGGCAGAGACAGAGGCUGCUGUGCCCAGGGAAGCCCUCUGCCCUGAGAAAGAGGGGUUGUCACUGGACUCAAAGGAAAAGCUGGAGUCAGCCUGCUUGUUGGAGCCCAGGGAGGUCAUGGAGCCAAUGGCACCCAAGGGCCCUCAGAACCCACCAGCCAACACAAUGCUAAGUUCCCAGAGAGCUCGAAAGGGCAGGAAGAAGAAGAGCAAGGAGCAGCCAGCUGCCUGUGCAGAAGGCUAUGCCAGGAGGCUGAGGUCAGCCUCUCGUGGGCAGUCUACAGCAGUUACAGAGCUGACCUCUCAGGGAGGCAGCUUGCCUCAGGAGGACCUUCAAAGAGAGGUUGUGCCUCCCCGUGGUAGAGGGAAGCCCCAGGCUUGGGCUCGGGCCUGGGCAGCUGCCUUGGAGAAGCCUGGCUCUGGGAACUUGGAGAGUAGUGCUGGACAAGCUAGUCCUGCUAAAGAAGGUCCUCUAGACCUCUACCCCAGCCUGGUUGACCCCAUCCAAGCCAACCCUGUUUCAACCCAUCUCUCACUGGUUGACUCUGAAGCUGACCCCAUGCCACUUGACUCUGUUGAAGCUGAUCCCACUGCGGUUGACCCUGAUCCCACUGCAGUUGACCCUGAUCCCACUGUGGCUGACCCUGUACCUGUUGACCCUAAACUGGUUGACCGUGCUUUAGCGAACUCAGAGCUGGUUGACCCUCUCCCAGCUGACCCAGUGCUGAUUGACCCAGUUCUGGCUGACUCAGCAGCAGUAGACCGUGCAGUGGUUGUUCCCAUCUCAGAUGACUUGCCUUCAGUUGACCCUAUCCUAGCCAAGCCAGUACAAGUUGACUCUCUUCCCAAUGACCUGGCUCCAGUUGACCCUGUACUAGUUAAGUCUAGGCCAACUGAUCCCAGACGUGGCGCAGUGUCAUCAGCCCAGGGGAGUCCAGCCCCCCAGCUCCUCCUGGAAGCAGAGUCCUCAGACCCCCCAAAGGCCAUCAAUCCUGAAGUCAAGGAGGUCAUGGGUCCUCUGAAGGGGGAAACUGGUACUAGUGCAACAGCCCAGGAAGCCAGGCCUCGGCCUCUUAGCCUAUCUGAGUACCGGCGACGAAGGCAGCAGCGCCAAGCAGAGGCAGAAGAGAGGAACCCCCAUCCCCCAGCUGGGAAGUGGCCCAGCCUCCCAGAAACUCCCACAGGGCUGGCAGACAUCCCUUGUCUUGUCCCACCAGCCACAGCCAAGAAGACAAUUCUGCAGAGAAGCCCUGAGGCUCCUUCUGAGGCUUGCUUUGCUCCUAUGGGUCCCAGCCCUGCCUCUCCUAGUCCUGAGCCACCUGCAAGCAAACCUGUGGCCUCAACUCCCACUGAGCAGGUGCCAUCCCAAGAGAUGCUACUGCCAGCAAGACCUCCACCUCCUGCUGUGCAGUCCAUGCCCCCCACAAUGCCCACUGCCCUACCUUUUCCCACGGGUGGGCUGGGCAUGACCCCCAUGCUGCCCCUUCCCACAAAUGGGCAAAGUGUCCCCAGUCUGCCCCCACCACCCUUGCAGCCUCCUAGUGUUCCGAUGUCUGUGGGGCCAGUGCCACCUGAUCCCUUUACUCACUAUGCCCCUGUGCCACCCUGGCCUUGUUAUCCCCCCUUGUCCCCUUCUGGCUAUCCUUGCUUGCCCCCUCCUCCGACGGUGCCCCUAGUGUCUGGUACUCCAGGUGCCUAUGCUGUGCCCUCCACUUGCAAUGUGCCUUGGGUACCUCCUCCUGCCCCAGUCCCACCUUAUAGCUCCAGCUGUACCUAUGGGCCCUUGGGAUGGGGCCCAGGGCUGCAACACCCUCCAUUCUGGCCUGCUGUUCCCCCACCUCCUUUGCCUCUAACCUCUGUUGGAAGAGCUGUUCCCUCACCCAAGGUGGAGCCCAGUGGCAUCCCACCUGGCCCUCCUGAUAGUGUACUGACUGUGCCGAUGGCUCCUCCCCUCAGUAUUGGGGCAGCUGGUCAGGGAGCUCCACAGAUAGAGCCCACCAAGGUGGAGGUCAAGCCAGUGCCUGCAUCUCCCCAUCUGAAACACAAGGUGUCCUCCCCGGUGCACAGCCCUCGGAUCAAGGCUCCACCGUGUCUGCCUGCUGAGAGUGUGGCUGUUGAGGAGCUUGCAUCAGAGAGGCUAAAGCCUGAGCCCCAGGAAGCUAGGCCCAGGGAGAAGGCACCCUCUCCUGUUGCCAAGGCUGUUCCCACAUCUGCACCAAGGCAGAGCACUACCACCAAGCUGCCUGCUGUCCACCCAGCGCGUCUAAGGACACUGUCCUUUCUGCCUACCCCACGUACCCAGGGUCCUGAGGAUGUGGUACAGGCUUUCAUCAGUGAGAUUGGAAUUGAGGCAUCGGACCUGUCCAGUCUGCUGGAGCAAUUUGAGAAAUCAGAAGCCAAAAAGGAGUGCCCUCCCCCGGCUCCUGCUGACAGCCUGGCUGUAGGAAACUCAGGCAGCGUUGACACUCCCCAGGAGAAGAGGCCCCUAGACCGGUUACAAGCCCCAGAACUGGCCAACGUGGCAGGGCUCACCCCUCCAGCUACCCCUCCCCAUCAGUUAUGGAAGCCCCUGGCUGCUGUCUCACUGCUGGCCAAAGCCAAAUCUCCUAAGUCCACCGCCCAGGAGGGAACCCUGAAGCCUGAAGGAGUUACAGAGGCCAAACAUCCAGCUGCAGCCUGCCUCCAAGAAGGGGUCCAUGGCCCUAGUCCAGUCCAUGUGGGCUCUGGGGACCAUGACUAUUGUGUCCGGAGCAGGACCCCCCCAAAAAAGACGCCUGCCCUAGUCAUUCCAGAGGUGGGCUCCCGAUGGAAUGUCAAACGCCAUCAGGAUAUCACCAUCAAACCUGUCUUGUCCCUGGGCCCAGCCACCCCGCUGCCCCCAUGCACAGCUGCCUCCCAGAAGCCACUUGAUCACAGGACUAGCAAUGAUCAGGCAGAUCCCCCAGCCCCUUGCCUUGCCCCAUCCACCUUGCUGUCCCCUGAGGCCUCACCCUGCCGGAAUGACACGAACACUAGGACUCUCCCUGAUCCCUCAGCCAAGCAGCAGUCAAUGCGCUGUUAUCGAAAAGCCUGCAGGUCAGCCAGCCCCCCAAGCCGGGGCUGGCAAGGCCGCCGUGGCCGCAGCAACCGUUCUGUCAGCUCUGGGUCCAACCAGACCAGCGAAGCAUCUUCCUCCUCAUCCUCAUCGUCGUCUUCCUCAUCCCGGUCCCGGUCCCGGUCCCUCUCCCCCCCACACAAGAGGUGGCGAAGGUCCAGUUGCAGUUCCUCUGGACGUUCCCGAAGAUGCUCUUCCUCUUCCUCCUCCUCAUCUUCCUCCUCGUCUUCCUCAUCCUCAUCAUCUAGUUCCCGAAGUCGGUCCCGCUCUCCAUCUCCUCGCCGGAGAAGUGACAGGAGGCGGCGGUACAGUUCUUAUCGUUCACACGACCAUUACCAAAGGCAGAGAGUUCUGCAGAAGGAGCGUGCAAUAGAAGAGAGAAGAGUGGUCUUCAUUGGGAAGAUACCUGGUCGCAUGACUAGGUCAGAGCUGAAACAGAGGUUCUCUGUUUUCGGAGAGAUUGAGGAGUGCACCAUCCACUUCCGUGUCCAAGGUGACAACUAUGGCUUCGUCACUUAUCGCUAUGCUGAGGAGGCAUUUGCAGCCAUUGAGAGUGGCCACAAGCUGAGGCAAGCAGAUGAACAGCCCUUUGAUCUCUGCUUUGGGGGCCGCAGGCAGUUCUGCAAGAGAAGCUAUUCUGAUCUUGACUCCAAUCGGGAAGACUUUGACCCUGCUCCUGUAAAGAGCAAAUUUGAUUCUCUUGACUUUGACACAUUGUUGAAACAGGCCCAGAAGAACCUCAGGAGGUAACCCUGGGCCCUUCUCCCCCACCCCCUUUUCUUUGGAGGUGCCCAACCUCCUCCAUUCCCUCCCCCAGUCUAGGGGAGACAGCUGCUAGUGAGGAGAUGACUGUUUUAUAAAGAAAUGGAAAAAAGUGAAAUAAAAAUGUGUUAAAUCA